AUGAAGGGUAACUGUGGUAUCAUAGAGGUGUUGUUUUUUGGUGGUCUCCUGAAUUGGUUAAGUAGAAUAAAGGUAAACAUUUAACAGGAUUUUCCAGCUUAUUUAGUGAAACCUCAAUGUUGGUCAAGCAGCAGCAUAUGAGUACCAUCCUGCUAAGCCCUACCCUGUAGGGUCCCACAGAGUGUUUGUCUUUGGUGGAGGGCCAAAGCAGUGGAGAAAUGGUGGGCCUCUCAAACAGCACUGCCCUGUCUGUACAUGGCCACUGAACCAUGGAGAACGAAUCAAACAAACACUCCAGUCUCACAGGGAAGGUUCUGUAGGAAGGGUCCUGUUACUGUUUCCUUGGGAAUGUCUGUCAACUGCAUUCUUAAUGUAGUCAGAGUUCAGACCUUCAGAUGACCAGAGAAAAGCAUCCUUGGCGGAUGUCCAUGACGAUAUUUGACAGAGAUGUGGAGGAAAGACGAUGAGAGAUAUUUUCUUAGAAGGAGCAUCUCUUAGACAGUAUUGAGAUGUCAACAACACAAUGAGACACUCUCUAGCACUUGUCACCGAUCUGCUGUGUUGAGCUUCAACAGUGUUGGUGAAAAACCAUCAGAUAAACCCUACAUGGGUAUGCAGGACAGGGAUGGUUUGUGGAAUAUGUCAGUUGAGCGUGCAUGUGUGUGUUACUGUGUUGGUGUUCAGUAAUUGUCUGUCUCUAAUGGAUACAUUACUCUCUUAUUCCCCCUCUCUCUCUGCAGAGCUGAGGUCCACUGGCACUGCCCAGCACUUUGCCUACUUGCUGAACACGUCUGACUACCGUAUCCUGCGUAUGGACGAGGACCACGACCGCAUGUACGUGGGCAGCAAGGACCACAUCCUGUCCCUGGACCUGCAUGACAUCAACAAGGAGCCGCUCAUUGUAAGACCUUACAGUCACUAACGAUUCACCUCUUCACCUUCCCUUACCUCCUGUCACCCCUAUCACCACCUCCUCCCCUCCCUCCCCUCUCCUCCCCAGGGCUCUAUAAACCCGGGGUGAGGCUAACCCUUUACCUCAGCUCUCAGAAACGGCCCACGAGGGUCAUAUGUUCCGUUUCGCUGCCCUGCGUUGGACGUUUUGAUUAGCUCACCUCCAGUUUGUAUUGGACUGCACCAUUUUCUGGAGAUGAGGGUUGUAAAACUGCAAAAACAAAAUCUGGAUAUGACCAUUCCUAGGGGGCUAAUAGUACCGUGGGUGGAAUCCCUGUGGCAGGUUUAUUCCGACAUCUAUAAAAUCCAGUGAUGAUGAACGGGUUGUGCGAUGGGUUGGGUUAUUGCUAUAAAAUGACCUCUGUUUUCCCCCCCCUUCAGCUCCACUGGCCUGUCUCCCAGCAGAGGAAGACUGAGUGUCUUCUAAGUGGGAAGGACACCAAUGUAAGUAUUUCUGUUGAGUCUCGAUCUCCACACAACUAAUUCAGCAUUUAUGUUUCAGGUCAGGUGAUUUGUACCACCUGUAACAUGUAGUAAUGUAUUUUCUGUAUAUAUUGAACAUCUAUUUGUGUGCCGAUAUUGCUAGGUGUAUAGCCUAAGUAUUUAUUUGAGGUUUUAGCUGUGGAUUUCAUUUGGCCCUGUAAAAGCCUGGUUGGCAGGACUGGCACUGAACAGCUCAUAGGAGACCAGCCAGUCUCACUGUAGAGUGUGGAUAAAUAGAUGACUGUAAUACUGGUAUAUUGAUAUAUUGACAUUCCCAAUGAUAUUGAAUAUAUGCCUCUUGUACUGUACUUUGUGUUCUAUCUGGGUAUCGUUCAUGUUGAUAAUCCAUUCUUGUUUGUCAAUGUUUGUCCUCAUGCAGGGCGAGUGUGGGAACUUCAUCCGUCUGAUUGAGCCGUGGAACAGGACCCACCUGUAUGUCUGUGGUACUGGGGCCUACAACCCCAUCUGUACCUACGUCAACCGCGGACACAAAGCACAGGUUAGAGCUCCACACCUUUUGGAAUACACAAAGUCUAUGUUCCCUAAGCUACAGUGUAGGUGUAGAGGUGAAGGAGGGAGACUAUGGCUCUGACUAUAGAAAUCCUCUCCACAUUUACUCUCCAUCCCACACCUCUAACCCAGCCUUCCUCCCUUCCAUCUUUCUCUUUCUCUCGCUCUCAUUCUCACUCUCCCUUUCCAUCCCCACAUCUCUAUUUUUCUCUCUAACUCUCUCUCAAUUCUACCUUCAUUCCUACCAUCACCGUCCUCUACCCCUCCUGAUAUCCACAGCUUCAUCUCCUGUCCCCAUGCCUAGACAACCAUUGGAGUCUCAGCCUGCACACAGCUGUCGUCCCCAGCGCACUGUUACUGUUAGCGUUACUGUUACAGUGCUGUCUGUUUAUUCUCACUCCUUAAUUGGAAGUCUUGAGUUUCCUGGAGCCGGGCAUGACCACCACGGAGUACUUCCCUGUUUUAGCGCCCCUCUCCAAUACCCUCAGCCCUGCUGCUUUAAAUACAACACUUGUUCCUUAACGAUGGUCCUGGGGCUUUUAAAAGGGAAUAAAUAAAAGUUGUGGAUAGAUAAUAUUUCCCAGUUUCCUCCUCUCUGAGGACUCUGCCUGACGCAGAGGACACAGUUAGACCAAUUACCUCUUCACACCCCUCUGCUAUUUCAUAUGGAUCCAUAUGACCCUUACUAACAAAGGGCAUCCAUCCAUCCACUCAUAGCUCUAGCAGCCCUGUGCCUCUCAGUUGUCCUGCUCCCUCUUUUCUCCCUCAGCCUCCAGUCCUCACCAUGUGAGAAGUUGGGUAAUUGGCCAUGGGAGCUCCCAUUAUGGGGUGCCAGUGGAAUGUUCUAGUUAUAGUACAUUAAUGAGAUGGCUUUUAUUUUCCCUUCACAUCGAACAGACAGGUCAGGCUCUUCCCGUGAGUCCUCUCUCUCUCUCUCUCUCUCUCUCUCUCUCUCUCUCUCUCUCUCUCUCUCUCUCUCUCUCUGGAGUUAGGUAUAGGAGCAGAUAUGUAAAAUGGUACACCCCUAUACACACAGCUUUUCCAGACAGGAAACCAUGAGAAGGCGAAACGCUGCUCAAUGCCAGAAAUCGGCUCAUUUUCUAAUGUGGAUGUAUACACACACGGACACUCACACGUCAGCAACCUGAAGACAUGCAGAGAUAUUGUUAACAGCUUGCCAGAUUUCAUAAUUCUUUCUUUUUCAGUUAAGCCAUUAUUCAGGCAUGUAUUAUUCACUCAGCAACGAUUUCCUUUUUACAUACCUAAAGGAUAGUAGCCUACAUGGGGCUAUGAUAGCUAGUAUUGUCUGUAAAAGCCAAAUGUUGGUUCUUGGCAGUGGCUCAGGCCAGAGUUGAGUGCAUAUACCAUACUGUGAGAGACUGUAUUGAAUUAACGACAGGGUAUAGAACUAAUAUUGCUGAUGUUCCUACCAUCUGGUGAAGUUGAGCUACACAAACAUUCAUUGCACAGAGAAUGUAGAGAAUGAGAAAUCCAUACAUGUUCAUCACAGGCUGUCCGAACGACAUUAUUGAAACUGUCAUGUAGUCACAUCAGUCCAAGACCAGUUUACAGAGAUACUGAACUCACGUCAGGUCCCGCCUACUGCAGGUGCGUAACGUCCAAAAUGUGUCGCUGUCUCCUGUUUUAGGCCGCCAUGCACCUGCAGAUGCCCCAGACCGAAGGGAGGGCUAACCGCGUGGCCGAACCACUGGGACUAAAGGUGGGACGUGGGUCAGGUGCCCGUCACUAGCCUGGGAAGUUCUGCCCGUCUGCCCCUGAGCCUUGCCCCUAUGGGCUGAGGAGUGCACUGCCGACCCACUAUGGGCCUCAGCUAGCAUGCCAUGCGCUCUCUGUCUCCCCCCUCUCUCUCUCUCUCUCUGUAGGGGGAGGGCUGUGCAUGUCUCCCGACCCCUCUGUUCUGUCUGUGCUCAUUCUGUGUCUUGAAGCACUUCUGUCAUCAUCAGUUGAGCGUGUCUUCGCUAGACCCUGUCCAAUUGGUCCUUCAAAUGUUCCUCUGUUUUUCUUUCCCCCAUCAUAUUUCGGUUGUGCAUUGCUCUCAUUGGUCAUUUGUCAAUUUCUGUGUAAGCCUCAUCUUUUGAGCACUCUCUCUCACACUCUCACUCUCUCUCUCUCACUCUCUGUCGGUGUGUGUGUUAUUGAACUGAUUCUCCAGUAUAUAGGAUGAGAGGAUGAGAGACAUUUGGCAUGAGAGAGAUGAAAGUCCAGCAUUUUGUGAUUUGCUACACAAGGUCACACAACAUGUUGAUACAGUACACAAUCAAAUAUAGAUAUUUCAUUGAGGAUGAAUACAGUAUAACGCUGACACCAUCGAUGAAUGAUGCAUAGAGCAGUGUUUCUACCUAAUAAGCCCAUUUGUGGUAGAUAAAUGAAUCUCUUUCCUCUCCUCCUUACAUUGUCCUGUCACUUGUCUUACAGGACACAGAAUGCCCCACCCUCCAGUCCUUCACCCCCCCACCCCACCCCACCACUCCCUCCCUCUGUAGGAAUGUGGGCCAACCCCUCCCACAGGUCUCACACGGUUAAUGUCGGACCCACUCUCACUGCAGCCCUGUUGGUUCAGGACAAACACCAACUGCUAAAGCAGAAAGGAAAUAAUAGAUCCACAUAGCUGAGCAACACCAUUCACAGUACAGGAGGGAACUCUGAACCCUUAGAAGGACAGGGGCAUUAUGUUUGGUCCUCUGUAGCUCAGCUGGUAGAGCACGGCGCUUGUAACGCCAAGGUAGUGGGUUCGAUCCCCGGGACCACCCAUACACAAAAAUGUAUGCACGCAUGACUGUAAGUCGCUUUGGAUAAAAGCGUCUGCUAAAUGGCAUAUUAAAUUAAAUAUUAAAUGUUUUGAAUGUGUAUCGGGUAACAUCUUUCAUAAAUGGUUUAAAAACAUGUUCAGAGAAUAUCCCUUGGCACAUGUGACCCGGUGCUCAUCAACAUCUGGCAUCUCUUACAGGGAGCUGCCAACACCUUCAGAUUUACAUGUGUGGUUGAUUUUAAUCAAAGGUGAGAGGGAAUCUCAUAAGGGUGCACGUAGGAGCCAGUGGAGAAUAGCGUUGGCAAGCGCCUCACUUUCUCCUGCUCGGGUGUUGAUGGACAAGGACAGAGGUGUCUUCGUCUCUCUGCUCCCCUCAGUCCUCCAUUGGGGAGUGAGGGUUUGGGGGAUUUUACUUGUUCUGGUUUGUGGCAAGGCUACAGGGCAUGUCAUUGCAUGCCAUUGGCUGUUCCCACCUGCGACUCCAAAUACCUGCCAAUCACCUUUCAGUGCUGUGUAUAGACGCCAGGAGUCAUGAGCAUCAGUCAUCCAGCCUCUAUCCCAGGCGUGUUUCACUGAGCAGGGAUUACAGGUCUCAGCAGCAGUAGGGCUACAUACACAGAUUUAACCAAGAGAGGAUGAGAGACAUUUGGCAUAGGAAAGAUUGUUGUGCAGAGAGAACAGCCCUUGACGCAUUAUGUCCUCAGUCAUGUUAGUGCACUAGAGAGGCAUUAAAAAGAGUUGGAUUGAGAUCAUGUUCUUUUUCUGUAUGAAGGCACUCUCAUUACUCUGUUUCAUCCUUCACAAACCGCAAUGCCUUAUAGGCCCCAGAGGACCUACUGGAAGCAUAUUGCACUGCCUCAAUUUUCCCUCCACCAGGGAAUCACACUGACAUGAUGAAGACCACUAUGAAUUUAUUACUUCUUUCUUAUGAUUUUUCCAUUUCAGGAAUACAUAUGGCAUUUGGAGCCGGGCAAAGUGGAGUCUGGGAAGGGAAAGUGCUCCUACGACCCAAAGCUUAACAGCGUCUCAGCUUUGAUCAGUGAGUAUCAUCAUCCAGGCUACACUUGGCCACAUGGCUGGAGACGUCCCAGUUAAGACCAGUUCAUCCAGUUUGUCCCCAUGGCUCUCUCAGUGACUCUGAGGGUCCUUGAGGCCCUGUCCCCUGUGUACGCCUCCUUUUAUCUCCUACUACUAAAAAUGGCUACCUUCUCUAUCCCCAAUUGUUUUUGGCAACUUUGUUAAAAAUGUUUGUAUUGCCUAAGUUCUGUCCAUGCAGACAAAGUAUCCUUUUUCAUUCUGUGCCUAUUUUCCAUGAGAAGGAUCACAGAGGAAUGCUCAUCCAAUCUCUGAUGAUAAAAUCAGAAGGCAUCAUGCCUUGUUAGGAAUCGUAUUGAAGGAGCUGUGGGCACAGACCACUGGGUUCACUGUUUUAAUAAGCCAAUCUUUUCCAUGGUGGCUUUGUGACUUUCAUCUGAAAAAUACCAACAUAUUCAUAUGAUUUGUCGUGGUCAUUUAUCAUGAGAAAUCCAAUCAUUUGCUUUUCUGGCCAAUGCAUGCAGAGCAAUCACAUGACUCAUUGCAACAUGUUUCUGGUAACUUCAUGUUGUAAGGUCUAUGGUAUUGGUGUUGGUGGAUCUUCUAAAAGGAACCAUGAUGUAGUUGAGUGUCCUCCACCCUCCACUCAUGGUCAGUCUGCCUGGGCCAGACCUCACAGUUGCCACCAGUGUAAGUUGAUCCUGACUCUGUGGGGUGGGACAGUCAGUGUAAGUUGAUCCUGACUGUGGGGUGGAAAAGUCUGUGCAAAUCGUCAGUGCUGCCUUCCCACGUUAGCACGCUGCCAGCUGACCAGGGCAGAACCAGGGAACCAAGAAUCCAGGGAACCAGAGACCUGUUGUCCAAGAUGAACUAACCCCGUCUCCACCAGUUAGCAUCAGCUAUGGGUGCCUAAUAGCAGGGAAUAAGAACUGGAUACUACUUUGACCCCUAAAAGGUCACACAUGUAGGUCUACCCCCUCACCCCCACCCUACCCCUAGAUAUCACACACACUAUAUACUGUAAAUCAGGGCCUUUGUUGACUGUAGUUAGUAAAUCAUUGAAUUAAUUAUGUUACAUAGUAGUGUAGUUGUUGCUGCCUUUGCCCUGAGCCCCUGUUGUCCCAUUAACCCCACCCCUGAGAACUCCCUAUAGCUACCAAAUGCAUGCUGGAACACCUGCUCUCAUAUGAGGCCCAAACAGCAACUGGAGGACCAACAUUCAGCCUCCCCACUGAUUAACAAGACUCUGGUCCUCCUACCCUGUGUGUGCCUUAUUCACAUAACUUUAAAAAGCCUGGGUAGUGGCUAGUCCCUUUGGCCAAACAGUGUGAUCUUUAUUAUGUGUUUAUUAUGAUGUGUGCUGUUCAUCUGUCUUUGUCCACACUGUGUGCUAAAUACUUAUUUGACACUGACACCAUGAUGAUGACAGCCUAAAGAUAUUCUGCUGGACGUAGGGAAUGGAAAGCCCUAAAGUAUUGGGCACUAGGGUCCUGCCAGGGGGUCCUGCCAGGGGGUCUUGCCAGGGACUGAAGGUUUAAUUUGGGGAGUGGGGGUUUCUGUGUAAGGAGAGCCUCAGUCCUUUAUGCUGAGGGUGUGGCUGGCUUUAUAUCAAAGAGUCAAAGUAUUUGGCUCAGCGGAUUAAUCUCUCUCUCUCUGUCCUUUCCUCUCCCCUCUCUCUCAGAUGGUGAACUCUAUGCUGGGGUCUACAUUGACUUCAUGGGAACAGACUCUGCCAUCUUCCGUACUGGGAAACAGACCGCCAUGCGUACAGACCAGUAUAACUCCAGAUGGUUAAAUGGUAAAUAAAUGUCUUCUUUGGAACCCAAAACAUGUGUUAUUCAAGAGCUUGUCUAUGCUAUUAAGACUAGUGUGCUGUAAUGUAUGCAUGGGUUGGUUCGGAAUUGAAUCUACCAUUUGUCAACAUACGAGCCAAAACUAUUAAAAAGCUUAAAUAAUAUUUCAUGUUUACAAAAUCCUCAACUCUCGCCUUUAAUAAACAGGAAAUGCAGACAGUUUGUAAAUGAUAUCAACCAGAUGUUCAGUGAUCUUCAUCUCCUCCAAUGCAUCUCUCUCUCCUUCUCUCUCUCCUUCUCCCAGACCCUUCCUUCAUACACGUGCAGCUCAUCCCUGACAGUGCAGAGAGGAAUGACGACAAGCUUUACUUCUUCUUCCGUGAGAAGUCUGCUGAGAUGGGCCAGAGUCCCGUGACCCAGGCCCGCAUCGGUCGGAUCUGCCUGGUGAGCACAGCCUCAGAAUGGAGUGUACUAAUAAUGAGACCACAUUCGCAAAUAACAAUAAUGUAUGUGACAUGCACAGCAAAUAGAACCUACUUUCAUGAAGAAAGGGAAAGGAAUCAGUCAGUCUAACCAGUAACUCGCUGAAAUACAAUAUUUAACCUCCAUCUGUAAAAUACAUGGCUCUAUCCUUGAGAUGGUACCCUGACCUACGACCCUAUGAUCAUCUGACCUCCUGACUGGUAGUCUUAAAACGUAUUAAAGGAUGUAGUAUAUUAGGUAUUCAGGUAACAGCAUGGUAAAAGCCAGAUCCUCAAAACCAGCCCAGCAGCCCUUCUACAGCAGUAUCCUCUAGUACACGGGUACAGUGGCUUGCGAAACUAUUCACCCCCCUUGGCAUUUUUCCUAUUUUGUUGGCUUACAACCUGGAAUUAGAAUUGAUUUUUUCGGGGGUUUGUAUCAUUUGAUUUACACAACAUGCCUACCACUUUGAAGAUGCAAAAUAUGUUUUAUUGUGAAACAAACAAGAAAUAAGACAAAAAAAUUGAAAACUUGAUUCACCCACCCAAAGUCAAUACUUUGUAGAGCCACCUUUUGCAGCAAUUACAGCUGCAAGUAUCUUUGGGUAUGUCUCUAUAAGCUUGGCACAUCUAGCCACUGGGAUUUUUGCCCAUUCUUCAAUGCAAAACUGCUCCAGCUCCUUCAAGUUGAAUGGGUUCCGCUGGUGUGUGUACAGCAAUCUUUAAGUCAUACCACAGAUUCUCAAUUGGAUUGAGGUCUGGGUUUGACUAUGCCAUUCCCAACAUUUAAAUGUUUCCCCUUAAACCACUCGAGUGUGCUUAGGGUCAUUGUCCUGCUGGAAGGUGAACCUCCAUCCCAGUCUCAAAUCUCUGGAAGACUGAAACAGGUUUCCCUCAAGAAUAUCCCUGUAUUUAGCGCCAUCCAUCAUUCCUUCAAUUCUGACCAGUUUCCCAGUCCCUACUGAUGAAAAACAUCCUCACAGCAUGAUGCUGCCACCACCAUGCUUCACUGUGGGGAUGGUGUUCUCGGGGUGAUGAGAAGUGUUGGGUUUGCGCCAGACAUAGCGUUUUCCUUGAUGGCCAAAAAGCUCAAUUUUAGUCUCAUCUGACCAGAGUACCUUCUUCCAUAUGUUUGGGGAGUCUCCCACAUGCCUUUUGGCGAACACCAAUCAUGUUUGCUUAUUUUUUUCUUUAAGCAAUGGCUUUUUUCUGGCCACUUUUCCGUAAAGCCCAACUCUGUGGAGUGUACGGCUUAAAGUGGUCCUAUGGACAGAUACUCCAAUCUCCGCUGUGGUGCUUUGCAGCUCCUUCAGGGUUAUCAUUUUUUAAUAAUGGAUUUAAUGGUGCUCCGUGGGAUGUUCAACGUUUCUGAUAUUUUUUUAUAACCCAACCGUAAUCUGUACUUCUCCACAACUUUGUCCCUGACCUGUUUGGAGAGCUCCUUGGUCUUCAUGGUGCCGCUUUCUUGGUGGUGCCCCUUGCUUAGUGGUGUUGCAGACUCUGGGGCCUUUCAGAAUAUACUGAGAUCAUGUGACAGAUCAUGUGACACUUAGAUUGCACACAGGUGGACUUUAUUUAACUAAUUAUGUAACUUCUGAAGGUAAUUGGUUGCACCAGAUCUUAUUUAGGGGCUUCAUAGCAAAGGGGAUGAAUACAUAUACAUGCACCACUUUUCCGUUAUUUAUUUUUUAGAAUUUUUGGAAACAAGUAAUUUUUUUCAUUUCACUUCACCAAUUUGGACGAUUUUGUGUAUGUCCAUUACAUGAAAUCCAAAUAAAAAUCAAUUUACAUUACAGGUUGUAAUGCAACAAAAUAGGAAAACACCAAGGGGGAUGAAUACUUUUACAAGGCACUGUAUUCAACUCUUACCAUAUGAGGUCCGGAGCCUGCUGGUUUAAUGUUCUACCUGAUAAUGAAUUGCACACACCUGGUGACCCAGUUCUAAAUCAGUCCCUGAUUAGAGGGGAACAAUGAAAAAACGCAGUGGAUCUGGCUUCGAGGUCCAGAGUUGAGUUUGAGGACUCUAGUGUGUGGUAAUUAACCCCACGCUGUCUCAAUGAAAAUAUUUCCCUGACCUUCUCCCCCAGAGCUGCAAAUUGAGAGGAUCAGCAAAAACAAAUAACAGGGAAUGUGUUUGUCCCUGUAGGGUAAACUUGGAGCUUAGGAUGCAUCUUUCUGGGCUUUGCUUACAUACAUGGAGAGCAUAGUGUUUAUUCAGUUAGUCACCGUGUGUGUGUGCUUGCGUGUGUGUGUCAGAUAUUCAGCUGCUCACCACUGUUUAUUUGAGUGGGUCAGGUAGUGACCUUGCACACAAACACCCAUCCCCCUCUCAGUGGGUUCUACACUAGUCCCCAGGGAUGCUGUUCUAUCAUUCACUGGUCUCCAGGGAUGCUGUUCUAUCAUUCACUGGUCCCCAAUGAUACUGUUCUAUCAUUCACUUGUCCCCAGGGAUGCUGUUCUAUCUUUCACUGGUCCCCAGGGAUGCUGUUCUAUCAUUCACUGGUCCCCAGGGAUGCUGUUCUAUCUUUCACUGGUCCCCAGGGAUGCUGUUCUAUCAUUCACUAGUCCCCAAGGAUACUGUUCUAUCAUUCACUAGUCCCCAGGGAUACUGUUCUAUCUUUCACUAGUCCCCAGGGAUACUGUUCUCUCUUUCACUAGUCCCCAGGGAUACUGUUCUAUCAUUCACUGGUCCCCAAGGAUACUGUUCUAUCAUUCACUUGUCCCCAGGGAUGCUGUUCUAUCUUUCACUGGUCCCCAGGGAUGCUGUUCUAUCAUUCACUGGUCCCCAAUGAUACUGUUCUAUCAUUCACUUGUCCCCAGGGAUGCUGUUCUAUCUUUCACUGGUCCCCAGGGAUGCUGUUCUAUCAUUCACUGGUCCCCAGGGAUGCUGUUCUAUCUUUCACUGGUCCCCAGGGAUGCUGUUCUAUCAUUCACUAGUCCCCAAGGAUACUGUUCUAUCAUUCACUAGUCCCCAGGGAUACUGUUCUAUCUUUCACUAGUCCCCAGGGAUACUGUUCUCUCUUUCACUAGUCCCCAGGGAUACUGUUCUCUCUUUCACUAGUCCCCAGGGAUACUGUUCUAUCAUUCACUGGUCCCCAAGGAUACUGUUCUAUCAUUCACUUGUCCCCAGGGAUGCUGUUCUAUCUUUCACUGGUCCCCAGGGAUGCUGUUCUAUCAUUCACUGGUCCCCAGGGAUGCUGUUCUAUCUUUCACUGGUCCCCAGGGAUGCUGUUCUAUCAUUCACUAGUCCCCAGGGAUACUGUUCUAUCUUUCACUGGUCCCCAGGGAUACUGUUCUAUCUUUCACUAGUCCCCAGGGAUACUGUUCUCUCUUUUUCACUUCUAUACACAUCUGGAUGCUCUUAAUGGCGUUCCCUUUAUUGUCUCUACACACUCCUAGUACCCAAAUAUAUGAAAAAAAUUACAGCGUAAUUGCUAAAAAAUAAAUAACACAAAGUGUGUGAAAACAAUUUCAAAUCCCAGUUAGGGAUUUAUUACAAAUAAAUAUGUGUAGACAUUAGUGUACAGUAUGUACAGGCCUACAACCAUCAUGUGGGCAUUACAAUGAUAUAUGUGGUGAAAACAAUUUGUUAGAGCAAUAUUUUUUAUAUUUGACCUGGCAGUGUGGUUUCCCCAUCAAAGUGGAAUGUGCUUUAAGGAGAAUGUGUUGGUUAAGGAGGAGGAACCUCUAGAUCUACUGGGUUUGGCUCUCCCUCACUGGGCUAGAAUUUGGCUCUAAAUAAGAGGAGACAGUGUUUACCAUCUCAUCCCCUCACAACUAAACAAUUGUCAACGUUUCGCCAGGUCGCUUUCCAAACCGGGCUGCUUUUUUAAAUAUGUACAAUGUGUGGGUGACUCCACCUGUGUUUAUUUUUGGAGGAAGGAUGUGAGUGUGUGUGUGUGUGACGAAGACCAUGUUUUGUCCCUCUCUCUCCCCCUCUCCCUCUCUCUCUGCUUCUCCCUCUCUCUCUCUCUCCCUCUCCCUCUCUCUCUCCUUCCACUUCUCCCUCUCCCUCCAUUUCUCCCUCUCUCUCUCCCUCCAUUUCUCCCUCUCUCUCCCCCUGUCCCUCUCUCUCCCCCUCCCCCUCUCUCUCCCCCUCUCCCUCUCUCAACCCCCUCUCCCUCUCCCUACCCCUCCCCCUCUCUCUCUCUCCCUCCGCUUCUCCCCCUCUCCCUCUCUCUCUCCCUCCUCUUCCCACUCUCUCUUCCUCCCUUCCCCUCUCUCUCCCCCUCUCUCCUCUCCCUCCGCUUCUCCCUCUCUCUCCCUCUUCUCCUCCCUCUCUCCCUCCCUCUUCUUCUCCCUCCCUUCUCCCUCUCUCUCUCCUCGCUUCUCUCCCUCUCUCUCCUCCCCCCUCCCCCUCUCUCUCCCUCUCCCUCCUCUCUCCCCUCCCUCUCCCCUUCCCCCUCCCCCCCUCCCUCCCCUCUCUCCCUCCUCUUCUCCCCUCUCUCUCUCCCCUCUCCCUCUCUCCUCUCUCUCCUCUCUCUCCCCCUCUCCCUCCUCUCUCUCUCUCCUCGCCUUCCUCUUCUCCCUCUCUCCCUCUCUCUCUUCUCCUCUGUCUCUCUCCCUCUCUCCUCUCUCUCCCCCUCUCCCUCUCUCUCUCCCUCCCGCUCCUCUCUCCUCCGCGUCUCCCUCUCUCCCUCUCCCUCUCUCUCUCCCUUCCCCUCGUCUUCUCCCUCUCUCUCCUCCCUCUCCUCUUCUCCCCCCCUCUCUCUCCUCCUGCCUCCCUCCCUUCUCCCUCUCUCCUCUCCCCUCUCCCUCUCUCCCCUCUCCCUCCGUUUCUCCCUCUCUGCUCCCUCUCCCUCUCUCUCUUCUCCCUCUCCUCUCCUCCCUUCUCUCUCCUCUCCCUCCCUCUCCCUCUGCUUCCCCCUCUCUUCUCCUCUCUCUCUCCCGUCCCUUUCCCUCCUCUCCCUCCUCUCCCUCUUCUCCCUCUCUCUCGCUCUCCCCUCUCUCUCUCUCCCUCUCUCUCCCCCCUCUCUUCCUCUCCCCCCUCUCCCUCUCUCUCCCCUCCCCUCUCCCCUCUCUCUCUCCCUCUUCGUCUUCUCUCUCCCUCUCUCUCCCUCUCUCUCCCCUCCCUUCUCAUCUCUCCUCCCUCCUCUCUCUUCUCCCUCUCUCCCCCCCUCCCCCUCCCUCUCUCCCUCUCCUCCUCUCUCCCUCCUCUUCCCCCUCUCUCCCCUCUCUCUCUCCCCUCUCCUCUCCCUCCUUCUCCCUCUCUCCUCUCCCCUCCUCUCCCUCUCUCUCUCCCUCCCCUCCCUUCUCCUCUCCCUCCUCUCUCUCUCUCUCUCCCCCUCCCUCUCUCUCCCUCCCUCUUCCUCUCCCUCCGCUUCUCCCUGCAGAAUGAUGACGGUGGACACUGCUGUCUGGUCAACAAGUGGAGCACUUUCCUGAAGGCUCGGCUCAUCUGCUCAGUGCCGGGGGCCGACGGGAUCGAAACGCACUUCGACGAGCUCCGUGAGUUCUCCUCCCUUCCCUUAUUAUGGUGUCACCUGUUAUCCACAUUAAAGUGAGGAUUGAGGAACCAGACAGCCUGUGGCAUGUCUUGAGGUUUCCCAUUGGUAUUAAUACUGUGUCAAAUAGAGACCAAAAACUAUGACUUGGUGUUGCCUGUCCUUUAUAAUCCUGCUUGCACUAUCCACCAAGCCUGAUCUCAGACCAGUUUUAUCUCUGCAUACCACCACCUGCCCAGAGCCUGACUGCACUGCACACAGCCCAGUCCCUGUCCCAUAUGGCAGCCUCUUCCAUUACACUCAAUCCUCCUGUGGCCCAUACGGCAUGCUGUAAUGGGAAUUGCACACACUCCGGUAGUGUACUUCUUAUUUUCCUUCAGGAUGUCUCAAACAAAAGGCUCCUUUUUCCUGGCUGUGCAGUAAGAGGUGCUCUACCCUCCUGUAAUUAACUGAAUAUGAGGGGCUUGCUGCCUCGUGGCAGACAGAUCAGUUAACCAGGCAGGAAUGUCAGGACCAUUACCAUGUCUUUCUCUGUCUCUGUCUCACUGCUUCCAAAUAGAGCGUUGGAAUGAUGAGGGUUCUGAUGGUUCUAUGACGGAGUCUACAGUUACUCAAGACCUAACCUCAGUAAUAAAAAGCUUGUGUGACUUUCUAUUUGACCUCUGCUUUUAGGUUAUGGUUGAUUAAUUCUGCUCGCGUGUGCAUUAGUCUUGAACUUACUUGAACACUAUGUUGCAUUGGUAAGACUUUUUUUCUUAGUGGUGACCAUUUCACCCAAGUAAAUGAAAGGAUAUCCAAACCGUAAGCACCAUACUCACUCUGUGGUUAUAAAUGACUUUGUGUCUUUAUUAGUCUGCUCAUUGUUGACACAGACAUGCCGUACACACUGGGUUUAGGGGAGAGUGGAGAGCUGGCACUGGUUCACCUGCACGGUUCAGGAUAUUGUUUUAAUAAAGAUGUAAAUGUGUAAAGGCAUGGGGCUGCUGCAGUCUCCUAAUGAACAGGACACACUCAGCUCAGCCAAAGGCUGUCAUUACAGUACAUCCAUACAUCCCAUACGUCAGACAGACCUGAUGCCAGUGGGCACUGCUCACCCCUGCCAGGUACUGUACCCCCAGGAAGGGCAUGUGUUAACUGGGUAUAGGUGAGCUCCAUGCCAAGGUUCCAGUUUACUGCUGGGUUAUAAUGGCUGGUCUAAAUAAGUCCAUGCUCAGGUUGUGGUGUAGACAGGAGAGAAUAAGGAGGGUAGGAUUACUUCAGUAAUACAAGGCAACAAGAUCUAUGUGCCUUCUAGAUAAGAUGUACUCUGAGUAUCUCUAAAACGUACAUGCCACCGAAGUAUUUGGGUUUAGCCUACCUUGAUGUAAGAAGAACAUUGCAGCAAGCCGAGACUGGUUGAGAAAGUGCCUGGAUAAAGAGAACAGAUUAAUUUACAUUUUCCCUCUCUCUAUUAGUGUUGUAGGAAAUUAAAGAGGAUAUUGGGGUCAUUAUUGAAAACUUUGAUGAGCCUUCCAGCCCAGCUUUAGUCCUUGUUGUUUGGGAGCUGUAUUAUGUGUGACUGCUGUUAGCAAGGGACGCCAGAGACCCAGAGAGUUUUUACAGUUGGAAAGAUAAAAAAUAUUUGGCUCUACCUGAGAACUUUCUCUAAAUGACACACAGUAAAUUGAAACACACAAGGUAGAGGCCCUUAUCCAGGCACAUGUGGUCGUAUUCUAUGUCAAAAUUAAGAAGCCAAAGCAAAUAGGUUAUAGAUAUAAAGAGAUGCUAUAAAGGUUUAGAUUGUAUGGUUUGAUAUAAUAAAGAGGUGUAUUGCAUGAACAUUAACAAUAUUUACAAGUUAGAAGUUACUCUAAUCAAUCUCACCACUUCAACAUUCAGUAGGCUCUUGCGCAUGGAUAUCAGAGAGAAGACUUUAUGAGAGAUGAACAAGAGUGGUAAAGAGAAAGAAAGACUGAAAGAGAAAGAUAAGUAGGGAGUGGGAGAGAGCGAUAUCAGGCAAAGCUCCAGCAGAAAUACAUUAUUUCUGAGAAAACAAAAAAUGUGUACACUAGGUUUUUAUUGCCUUAGAAAAGUAGUAAGGGAAAAGGGCAGUUUGGGAUCCAUUCAUAGCUCUUAUUAAAGACAUGCUCCAGAAAUUUGGCUAUUACUAAGUAUUUUUUUAAACCUCCCAAUUUGGGCUGGAUGUGUCAAUGUGUAGUUCAUACAUAAAUAAACUAUGAGCAGAAUUACUGUUUUACCUCAAUUAACCACGGAAUCCCUAGAUUGAAAGCAACUGUUUUUCUGGAAUCUGUGCUGCGCCAUUUUCCCUAAACUUUCCCCCACGUGGGUUUGCCCCCUAGCAAUUCGAGUUCAGCCAAUGAGCUUCAGCCUCUCGCCAUAUGAGUGACAGCUAGCAAGAGGCACAUCAUGCACCCACAGCAGACCGAAAGAGAGAGCAAUGACGUGGUGCACAUAACUGCACAUACACUAUGUAGACACCCCUUCAAAUUAGUGGAUUUGGCUAUUGCAGCCACACCCGUUGCUAACAAGUGUACAGCCAUGCAAUCUCCAUAGACAAACAUUGGCAGUAGAAUGCUGAAGUGCGUAGCACGUAAAAAUCGUCUGUCCUCAGUUGCAACACUCACUACAGAGUUCCAAACUGCCUCUGGAAGAAACUUCAGCACAAUAACUGUCGGGAGCUUCAUGAAAUGGGUUUCAGUAUAAAAAUAAAAAUAAAAUAAAAUGUAUGCACUCACUUACUGUAAGUCGCUAGAGACUGCUAAAUGACUAAAAUGUAAAAAAAAAAAAAUAAUGUUUCCAUGGCCAAGCAGCCGCACACGCCUAAGAUCACCAUGCGUAAUGCCAAGCGUCAGCUGAAGUGGUGUAAAGCUCGCCACCAACGGACUCUGGAGCAGUAGAAAUGCGUUCUCUGUAGUGAUGAAUCACGCUUCCCCAUCUGGCAGUCCGACGGACAAAUCUGGGUUGGGCUGAUGCCAGGAGAGCGGUACCUGCCAGAAUCCAUAGUUCCAACUGUAAAGUUUGGUGGAGGAAUAAUAAUGGUCUGGGGCUGUUUUUCAUGGUUCUGGCUAGGCCCCUUAGUUCCAGUGAAGGGAUAUCUUAAUGCUACAGCAUACAAUGACAUUCUAGACGAUUCUGUGCUUCCAACUUUGUGGCAACAGUUUGGGGAAGGCCCUUUCCUGUUUCAGCAUGACAAUGCCCUCGUGAACAAAGCGAGGUCCAUACAGAAAUGGUUUGUCGAGAUCGGCCUACACAGAGCCCUGACCUCAACCCCAUCGAACACCUUUGGGAUGAAUUGGAACGCCGCCUGCAAGCCAGGCCUAAUCGCCCAACAUCAGUGCCUGACCUCACUAAUGCUCUUGUGGCUGAAUGGAAGCAAGUCCCCGCAGUAAUGUUCCAACAUCUAGUGGAAAGCCUUCCCAAAAGAGUGGAGGCUGUUAUCGCAGCAAAGGGGGGACCAACUCCAUAUUAAUGCCCAUGAUUUUGGAAUGAGAUGUUCGAUGAGAAGGUGCCCACAUACUUUUGGCCAUGUAGUGUACAACUCUUCUCUGCCUUGUCAGAAUAUUUAUAUUUCCAAUCAAGUAGCUUUUUCCCUUUAUAAUAAUUAUAUUUUUAGGGGGAACCGACUGCUGUACAUGUAUUGAGCUAAUGAUAGCUCCUGUUCUCUGUCUGUUUGUGACUGCGGUGUAGUGUAUCUGAUUCAUCCCUUUCUGUACUGGAACAGCUGUGUGUCUUGGUGGGGCUCAUCUGUUGCAUUACAACCCUGACAGCCCUUCUCUCUGUGUCUGUAGUAACCCAUGACCGUUCCACUGCUCUGCUUUGAGCAGCUGUGGUCUCUGGAGGAGGGUGUGUGUGUGUGUGUGUGUGUGUGUGUGUGUGUGUGUGUGUGUGUGUGUGUGUGUGUGUGUGUGUGUGUGUGUGUGUGUGUGUGUGUGUGUGUGUGUGUGUGUGUGUGUGUGUGUGUGUGUGUGUGUGUGUGUGUGUGUGUGUGUGUGUGCGUGUGCAUACGUACGUGUAUGCAUGUGUGUGUCUGGAGAUAAAAGGUGGUUGAGGAGGAAAAAGGACCAUAUGCUCUGUUUCAGUCCCUCUCCUUAUCCUCUGCUAUGGGAAUUAAAUCAUGACCUCAGAUUCUCCCCUUAGAAAGCCUUGAGUGACACUCAAGAGCGUACACAUACAACUGGACUCACCGGGCCUGCUCACCUCUACUGUCAUUCUGUUGCGUACAUACAGUGAGGGAAAAAAGUAUUUGAUCCCCUGCUGAUUUUGUACGUUUGCCCACUGACAAAGAAAUUAUCAGUCUAUACUUUUUAUGGUAGGUUUAUUUGAACAGUGAGAGACAGAAUAACAAGAAACAAAUCCAGAAAAACGCAUGUCAAAAAUGUUAUAAAUUGAUUUGCAUUUUAAUGAGGGAAAUAAGUACUUGACCCCCUCUCAAUCAGAAAGAUGUCUGGUUCCCAGGUGUCUUUUAUACAGGUAACGAGCUGAGAUUAGGAGCUCACUCUUAAAGGGAGUGCUCCUAAUCUCAGCUUGUUACCUGUAUAAAAGACACCUGUCCACAGAAGCAAACAAUCAAUCAGAUUCCAAACUCUCCACCAUGGCCAAGACCAAAGAGCUCUCCAAGGAUGUUAGACAAGAUUGUAGACCUACACAAGGCUGGAAUGGGCUACAAGACCAUCGCCAAGCAGCUUGGUGAGAAGGUGACAACAGUUGGUGCGAUUAUUCGCAAAUGGAAGAAACACAAAAUAACUGUCAAUCUCCCUCGGCCUCGGGCUCCAUGCAAGAUCUCACCUCGUGGAGUUGCAAUGAUCAUGAGAACAGUGAGGAAUCAGCCCAGAACUACACGGGAGGAUCUUGUCAAUGAUCUCAAGGCAGCUGGGACCAUAGUCACCAAGAAAACAAUUGGUAACACACUACACCGUGAAGGACUGAAAUCCUGCAGCGCCCGCAAGGUCCCCCUGCUCAAGAAAGCACACAUACAGUGCCGUCUGAAGUUUGCCAAUGAACAUCUGAAUGAUUCAGAGGAGAACUGGGUGAGUGUUGUGGUCAGAUGAGACCAAAAUAGAGCUCUUUGGCAUCGACUUAACUCGCCAUGUUUGGAGGAGGAAUGCUGCCUAUGACCCCAAGAACACCAUCCCCACCGUCAAACAUGGAGGUGGAAACAUUAUGCUUUGGGGGUGUUUUUCUGCUAAGGGGACAGGACAACUUCACUGCAUGAAAGGGACGAUGGACGGGGCCAUGUACCGUCAAAUCUUGGGUGAGAACCUCCUUACCUCAGCCAGGGCAUUGAAAAUGGGUUGUGGAUGGGUAUUCCAGCAUGACAAUGACCCAAAACACACGGCCAAGGCAACAAAGGAGUGGCUCAAGAAGAAGCACAUUAAGGUCCUGGAGUGGCCUAGCCAGUCUCCAGAACUUAAUCCCAUAGAAAAUCUGUGGAGGGAGCUGAAGGUUCGAGUUGCCAAACGUCAGGCUCGAAACCUUAAUGACUUGGAGAAGAUCUGCAAAGAGGAGUGGGACAAAAUCCCUCAUGAGAUGUGUGCAAACCUGGUGGCCAUCUACAAGAAACGUCUGACCUCUGUGAUUGCCAACAAGGGUUUUGCCACCAAGUACUAAGUCAUGUUUAGCAGAGGGGUCAAAUACUUAUUUCCCUCAUUAAAAUGCAAAUAAAUUUAUAACAUUUUUGACAUGCGUUUUUCUGGAUUUUGUUGUUGUUAUUCUGUCUCUCACUGUUGAAAUAAACCUACCAUUAAAAUUAUAGACUGAUCAUUUCUUUGUCCGUGGGCAAACGUACAAAAUUAGCAGGGGAUCAAAUACUUUUUUCCCUCACUGUACAGUUAGAACUAUGCCAACCGGACAACUAUUGUUUUAAGUAUGUCCAAUUGCUAAUACUAGUGAAUAUGAAUGUGCCCAGUCUACGCAAAAGGAAUACUGUUUUACUAUAAGACUUGUAGAAUGUAUUAUACGUCAGAUCAGUGUCCAUUGAAUGCCAUAUAAUGCUUUCAAUUAAAGUUGUAGAGUUCUCACAAGCUCUUGACAGGGUCGUAUGUGUAGACAUGAAGUGUCUUCAUCCUCUGGCCAAUGGCCAUUCCCCUACUACACACAAGCAGGCUGGCCACUUACUCUUGAGAUCUGUUCUGUGAGGUGGAUGGGCCUCCUGAGAGGAGAAUGUGGGCCAGUCAGAGAGCAUGCCAACGGGGAGAGACCAUCACUAUUGUCAGAUCUAGGUCUCCUGUAUUUACAGUGGGGGAAAAAAGUAUUUAGUCAGCCACCAAUUGUGCAAGUUCUCCCACUUAAAAAGAUGAGAAAGGCCUGUAAUUUUCAUCAUAGGUACACGUCAACUAUGACAGACAAAAUGAGGGAAAAAAAUCCAGAAAAUCACAUUGUAGGAUUCUUUAUGAAUUUAUUUGCAAAUUAUGGUGGAAAAUAAGUAUUUGGUUAAUGACAAAAGUUUCUCAAUACUUUGUUAUAUACCCUUUGUUGGCAAUGACACAGGUCAAACGUUUUCUGUAAGUCUUCACAAGGUUUUCACACACUGUUGCUGGUAUUUUGGCCCAUUCCUCCAUGCAGAUCUCCUCUAGAGCAGUGAUGUUUUGGGGCUGUCGCUGGGCAACACGGACUUUCAACUCCCUCCAAAGAUUUUCUAUGGGGUUGAGAUCUGGAGACUGGCUAGGCCACUCCAGGACCUUGAAAUGCUUCUUACGAAGCCACUCCUUCGUUGCCCGGGCGGUGUGUUUGGGAUCAUUGUCAUGCUGAAAGACCCAGCCAUGUUUCAUCUUCAAUGCCCUUGCUGAUGGAAGGAGGUUUUCACUCAAAAUCUCACGAUACAUGGCCCCAUUCAUUCUUUCCUUUACACGGAUCAGUCGUCCUGGUUCCUUUGCAGAAAAACAGCCCCAAAGCAUGAUGUUUCCACCCCCAUGCUUCACAGUAGGUAUGGUGUUCUUUGGAUGCAACUCAGCAUUCUUUGUCCUCCAAACACGACGAGUUGAGUUUUUACCAAAAAGUUCUAUUUUGGUUUCAUCUGACCAUAUGACAUUCUCCCAAUCCUCUUCUGGAUCAUCCAAAUGCACUGUAGCAAACUUCAGACGGGCCUGGACAUGUACUGGCUUAAGCAGGGGGACACGUCUGGCACUGCAGGAUUUGAGUCCCUGGCGGCGUAGUGUGUUACUGAUGGUAGGCUUUGUUACUUUGGUCCCAGCUCUCUGCAGGUCAUUCACUAGGUCCCCCCGUGUGGUUCUGGGAUUUUUGCUCACCGUUCUUGUGAUCAUUUUGACCCCACGGGGUGAGAUCUUGUGUGGAGCCCCAGAUCGAGGGAGAUUAUCAGUGGUCUUUUAUGUCUUCCAUUUCCUAAUAAUUGCUCCCACAGUUGAUUUCUUCAAAACAAUCUGCUUACCUAUUGCAGAUUCAGUCUUCCCAGCCUGGUGCAGGUCUACAAUUUUGUUUCUGGUGUCCUUUGACAGCUCUUUGGUCAUGGCCAUAGUGGAGUUUGGAGUGUGACUGUUUGAGGUUGUGGACAGGUGUCUUUUAUACUGAUAACAAGUUCAAACAGGUGCCAUUAAUACGGGUAACGAGUGGAGGACAGAGGAGCCUCUUAAAGAAGAAGUUACAGGUCUGUGAGAGCCAGAAAUCUUGCUUGUUUGUAGGUGACCAAAUACUUAUUUUCCACCAUAAUUUGCAAAUAAAUUCAUAAAAAAUCCUACAAUGUGAUUUUCUGGAUUUUUUUCUCUCAAUUUGUCUGUCAUAGUUGACGUGUACCUAUGAUGAAAAUUACAGGCCUCUCUCAUCUUUUUAAGUGGGAGAACUUGCACAAUUGGUGGCUGACUAAAUCAUUUUUUUCCCCACUGUAUGUCUCUUCACCUUUACACACCAUCCAGCGCCACAGGACAAUCCCAUCUAAAGUAGGUAUCCUUCUGUGGCCACCUGGGCUCCAACCAGAAACAAAAUGCCCAAAUCUUAGGUAGAGUUCUUUCUGGGACCCCCAGAGGUAUGUGAGGUAUGAUUCCGUCUUCCUCUAGGGCUUAGAACCAAGACCCCCCCCCCCCCCCCUUCAGUUCUGGAGAAAACUCUCAGGUAAUAAUAAUAAUAUUAAUAUGCCAUUUAGCAGACGCUUUUAUCCAAAGCGACUUACAGUCAUGCGUGCAUACAUUUUUGUGUAUGGGUGGUCCCGGGGAUCGAACCCACUACCUUGGCGUUACAAGCGCCGUGCUCUACCAGCUGAGCUACAGACAGCAAUCAUGUUCUCACUCAAGCCUAGACACCUCAGGCAACUGUGUGGGUUUCAUUGCAUUUCCAUAGCUGUAUAUCUUUACAUGGUGCCCCAGUUUGGUCUUUUUGAUUAAUUGUUCUGUAUACAUAGAUGAUCAAUGGUGAGUUUCAUGACCCUCUGGGUUCAGUUGGGAAUAUCCGCUCAUAGAUAGAAUGGUUACUGUCCAAAGGUGUGGUCUCUGAAGCUCUUCGUCUUUUCUUUGUGUGUUUUAUCAUAUUGUGUAUGUACAGACAGUACUGCAUCCUUCACCUUGGCCUACUAGUCCUUCCUGUGGAGAUGUCUCUCAGUUCGUUUCCUAUUGCUCUGUAGAGGUGUGCCAUGGGCUUACACCUCCUAUUUCCAUCAGCAGGAUGCUGGAAUUCAGUAGUACAAUCCUGGAGGAGGAGGCUAGCCACAUAUUCUCCUCCUUUCAUCUUUGGUUUGACCCCAUCCUCACUGCUAGGCUGGUUUAUCUCCCAUUCCAUCAAGCCACUGCAUGACUGUGGUCUGGUCACACAACCUCUUUAAGCAACACAAAGCUUGACAUGCCUCUGACCUGCAGUUUAAAAGAGGAGAGGAGAGACAUGUGUAUUUGUGCAUCCUGUUUGACACCUUUGGAUCCCUAAGAGCAGAGCUGUUCUGCCUGUUCUGAUGGGAGUUCAGGUUUUGUGAAAGGAAAAGGGUGUUUCACUGAAUAACUUUUGAUGGAGUGACUGGAGCUUUGUAAAUAUUAGCGGUGAUGAGGAGUGUGCUGUGGAAUGUGAUGUUUCUUUAGUCUGUCCUCUUUGCACUGACUUGAUUAUCUCUGUGUAUCUGU